AAAAAAUAAUGAGAGAAGAGUAAACUUCUCUAUUUUCAUAUCAAAUCCUUCCGAAAGCAUUUUCUUCCGGUCCAGUGCGGUGUAUGUGUGUUGAACUACGGAGCCGACCUUUAUCUUCUAAGUCUAGAAUGACUAUACCACAUAGAAAAUCCGCCUUGUCCAGAUCAGUGGAUGCCCAAAGUAGGUAGCCAAGCGAAACGAGCUUUUGAAGAGUCGGCCAUCCUGUCUGGCCGCAGAAAUGGAAUCGUCUAGAAUCCUUAUCAUUCAAAUCGCACGACUGGCAGCAAUAACAAAGUAGUGCCUACUAACGAUAAAGAAGCUUCGGGGCCAACGAAGAGCAGCCCGAACAAACGAAAAAGGACAACGUUUAUAAAAUUGUCUAUUUGAUUUAGAUCUUCUCUCUGAACGGUUUUGUUUCGGCUCGUUGUUUCGCAUUGAUGCUAUCGUGGUAAAUGUGUGAGAGUGAGUUUGUUUGUGUCGGUAUGGUGCUUUUGAAGGUGUAUGUAAAAAAACGUGCGUGCUAGCGGAUUUUUUCUUAUUGGAUUGUGUUCUUCGAAUUACGCAAACCGAUACUGUGGCAUUUUACAAUUCGGUGGUUCGUGGAAAACGAGAUAAUAGUGCCGAAAGUGUUUCGAGUAGCCGAGUGGAAACGCAACUAAACCAGAACAAAACAACGACACCGUUGAUGGUUUUGCGAGAAAUCUAAAUUCAUUCUUCUGCUGAUCGGGAAUUGGGUGAGCGCGCUGUUGCGGUAGCACAUGGUGCACGUGAUGUUCCCAAACUCGGUGUUUAUUGUCUGAUACCGUUUUGUCAUUCUUUCGUGCAAGGUUUUUCUUUGUUUGUGGUCGGCAUUUCACGCCAUUGCAAUCGCUUUUUCCAUCCCGCCAUGCUGCUGCAAGUGAUUCUCGUCCCACGGUUUAUCGAAGUGGUAGGAAAUGGAAAAUGAAUAAUACAUCUGUCAGUUUGCUAAGCUGGGCCAACUGAAAGGAUCAUACAAAAAAUGUGAAAAAAGUGUUGUGAAACAGAUUUGCAGUGAACUGAAGUUUGUGAAUGCAUCGGCAACAGAACGUGCACCCAAUGAGGUCAGAGUUCUGGAUCCUCUAAACGUAAAAGAUUGUGUUUGUGUGAGUGUGCCUGUGUGCAUGUAAAAGAGCAAAUGUGAAACGAGUGAGUGCCGCUACUGCAAAAAACGAGUGUACGUAACCCCUAGCCCGGAAGCUGACCGAAAAUCAUUCUGAACCUUUGGUGAGUGUGGUGCGCGUUAGUGAGGUUCAGAGGGAGAAUCCGAAAAAGAGGGUUCUCCCUUACUGUGGAGCAUGGGAACACUUCCGAGCGUAAUGGAUUUACGGCUUCCCAUCCUGUGGUUGCUGCUGGCGGCAGAACUGUCGCUAGGGCUGCGCAACGUACGAGUCACCGUCCCAACGGCAGUUCGCAGAGGCGAUCCGGUCCAUCUCUUCUGCGAGUACGAGCUAGAGGACAACGAGCGGUUAUACUCGAUCAAAUGGUACAAAGGCAAACGAGAGUUCUAUCGCUAUACGCCCCAGGUGCACCCGUCAGUGCAAGUAUUCAGUACCGUCAGUGGAAUCGACGUAGAGCGGUCACUUUCCAACGAAAGCCACGUCGUGAUGAAGGCGGUUGAGACAAACUACGCGGGGAAGUACAGCUGCGAGGUGUCGGCAGAUGCGCCUUCGUUCCACACGAUCAUCGUCUCAGGGGACAUGGAAGUAAUCGAGCCACCUAUUGAACAGCCAUCCGUGACGGGAGUGCAGGCGAGGUAUCGGCCAGGCGAUAUUCUACGAGCCAACUGCACCUCGCAUAAUUCGAAACCAGCAGCAAAUUUGACGUGGACGAUUAAUGAUGUACCGAUUCCGGCACAGUACGUGAAGCUGUACCGACCUAUAAGGGAUACGUUCACUGGACUGGAGACUUCCAUUGCCGGUGUCAACUUUAUGGUGGCGCACGAUCAUUUCGUAAAGGGAAAGCUGAAGUUGAAAUGCUCUGCCUCUAUACACCAGCUAUAUCAUGAGACCAUCGAACAGCUCGUGCCGGAAGAUCGGCCGCGGAUAUUGGCAACAGGCGUAUCGGCGAGCGGGCACAGCAUCAGCCUCUACCAAGGCACGGUACACGAGUCCGAACAGACGGAUCAGAGCGACGCCUAUCUCACCGUGAAUGGCUACAAAGCGGACAAAUCAUCCCCGCUCGCAUCAUCAUCCGGCAGUUUGCAGAUCGAUUCCUACGUUAAGGUGUGUUGGGUAACGUUCUACAUCUGCAUCAUCUGUACCGUGAUGGUAUACUCGAUACGCUAUCUGAUGGUCACCUGACCCCAGCAGAGGGAGGCCAAGAGCGGUGCUGGAUCGGCCAAUGUCUCCAUGGCAGAAGGUACGGCACUCGAGCUGGAUACGCUUCCGAGCAGUUAUCCUGUUCCGCCGCCCCCGUCUGCAGCCACCAUUUCUUCGCCGGCCCUCGUCAACCUGGACAGCUGCGUCCUGUUCGUUCCAAGGUGAUGCAACACGUUGCUAACCAGUGUGCCGAUGACUGUGUGCAUACCUUUGUUUCGUACUUCCGCCCCAAGGCAAUCGUUCAACCGACCGGCCAGUCGGUUUGGUGAAAAUCACAAAUCUCAAAAACAAGCUUAAAAAUUGGGUUACUGUAAAUGUGUUUUCCGGUACACAGGAACGGCAUAAAAUUGCUACAUCGAAGCAAAUACGAAUAGCAAAACAUUAUUGCUAUCAUGAAGUUCGUAGUAAAUGAUCUAACUAAACAUGAAGGUUUAGUUUAUUCCAGCGUACAAACAUCUACUUUUAUAGCAUGAAUGGGACAGCUGCCAUGACAAAGGUGGCGGGUUGAUGAAUUGAUCAGAAGGUUUUGUCAAUAUGGGGGAAGUGAUGUGUCGAGGUGAUAACAAUACAACAGUUGCAUCAUUGGUACUGAACAAAUUUUUACGUUACCUUCUCUUUAGGUACAAUUUGUAAAAAGUUUUAACUAAAUGUACAUAAAACGCUACUAUCUUGCUUGUUCCAACUCCUGUCGUAUCCCUUCCUUUUCCCCCUUCCCCAACUUUUGCGACACAGUCAAAUGAAUUUUAAUGUAUCGUUAUACAGCGUAAGCUAUGGUGUAAAAUUUAGUCCAUCGAAUGAUAGCAACGGUUAAGAUAUAGCACGUACAAUGAAGCGAAUAGACCGAAACCUGUGACACGUUGAGUAAACAUAGGCAAACAAAACAGGUUUAACUAGCUAAUUAUAAGAUACUACGAUCUGUAAAUAUGCAUACACCCAAGCAAGAAUGUAGAAUACCUACCGACAAGCAACUGGAACGUAAAUGGCCGUACACAAAUACAAACAAGCAGAAUACAAUGCAUCCUUUAACCGUACCAAGUAAAUGUAUGCUUACCUUGCGUUUCAUAUCGGGUAGAUCACCCUCACACAAAGGGGUUUUCAGUUACUGGGCUUGAAUUACCUGUAAUAGAUAAACAUGUAUCAAUUUGUUGUUCACUACCAAACAGAAAAAAAAAAAACAAAUAAACUGACAGAUGGGAAUAAACUA